AUUCAAGUAAAUUUAUAUGCUUGAUGAUCAAAGUUCACAAAUGAUUUCGUUAAAGGACGGACUGGCUUUGGGCUACCUUUAGAUUUCUGGCCCUAUUUUUCUCUAUCCCUCUUUAUCCAAAAGCCAACUAUGGCAUUUGGGCUGUCAUCAGAUUCCUGGCCCUAUUUUUUACUGUUCAACUAAACGCCCAAAUCACUUUUACACCCUCACGCCACGUCGUUGACACGUUACGAAAUCCUGCUCGUACUCUCAUUUUCCCCUCUUCGCCGGCGAACCCAACUCUCAAAAUGAAAGUUCUUGGAAUUUUGAUGGAACCCUUUACUUUGCAGUCAAUAAGCACCACCAAAACCGGCCUUGUUUGGCUUCUAAGAGCGGGAUGGAUGGCCGGAACUCUUCCUAUCCUCAUCGCUUCACUCCCUUCUUCACAUCUCAAUUCAUUUCGUACACUCUUACUAGGCUUUGCCAAGAGGGGCAAGAUUAUGCCGCCUUCAUCCCAUUUCACAGUUCCGCAGAGCUUCUUUCUACACUUUUAUAUGUUGGGUGUGGUUUGGACUACCAUGUUGUUAAUGGGAACUUGGUACUUUGCGUACAAAGUUGCACCUUUAAGUGCUGAGUCAUUGAGUGACUCUGCAGCUGCAAGUCACUUAACUGGAGGGUCACAUGUCUUUUCCUUGCACAAGUCUCGUUUUCCCUCGGCUGAUGACAGAUUCAAUGUUUGGAAGUCUGCGUUCUUGUUGUUGUUGAUGGAAGUUCAUGUUCUGAGGCGUCUUAAUGAGACCUUUCAUGUUUUCAACUAUAGUCCUUCUGCUCGAAUGCACAUUUUUGGAUACUUGACUGGUCUCUAUUUUUAUACAGCAGCACCUCUGUCACUCUGUACAUUUUGUGCACUGGAGGUUGUUACUUUUGCAGCUAAUCAGGUAGCUGAACUUAAUGUUGAAGGCCAAGAUAUGUUGUCGAUUACAGAUUUUGAUUUGUGGGGAUAUGUGAAGCCUAUAACAAGGCUUGGAUGGUGCCAAUGGGCUGGUGCUGCUAUAUUUGCUUGGGGAUGGCUCCAUCAAUAUUGUUGUCAUGCAAUUCUUGGUUCACUUAGAGAACACAGAGAUCAAACUGCUGAAUAUGCGAUUCCACAUGGUGAUUGGUUUGAGAUUGUCUCAAGUCCACACUAUUUAGCUGAGAUGAUAAUAUAUGCUGGCCUAUUGGUUGCGAGCGGAGGAGCUGACUUCACCAUAUGGCUACUUAUGGUUUUUGUGGUGGCUAAUCUUGCAUUUGCUGCAGCAGAAACCCACCGGUGGUACCUCAAGAAGUUCGAGGACUACCCACUUAACCGGUGGGCCAUUCUUCCAUAUGUAUAUUAGUUCCAAGAGACAAAGUUUUGAUGUAUUAUGUUGUAAAUCAGUUAGCUCUAGUAUUGUCUGUAAUUCCUUUUUGUUUAAUAAUAACUAGGUUACUAAAAUGUGAAGAUGGCUAUGUUUUUAUGUGAUAACUCCAAACCCAAAGCAAAAAGAGAAUUGUUGUUGGACAUUAUCAUUAGCUCUUACAUUGGAUUGAACAGCUUUCAAAUCACUCACUUUUAGGGUUGUAAUUAAGCCGAGUCGAGUUUAUACAGUGAGAAGGUCGAGUUUGACUCAAAAUUAAUUGCUUCAAACUCAGUUUAAGUUUGUUCGAGUUUUAAUUUUCAAACUCAAACUUGAUUUGAG